AUGCAAAUUGGCACGCCUAUGCGCGCGGCUGCAAGCCAGCGUCCACUAGGCCUACGCUAUAGCUGCCUUCCUCGUAAGCUUAUUCGCGUGGUAGCUAACGCAGCGAAGGACCCUAAUGCACCUAUCCAGUCUAAUCCUCUAGGGACGUUGUCGUCCCAGUCUGGAACCGUCAAUCCACUGCCGCGCAGCGAGGAAGCUCGUCGAUACUGGCGCACGGUCUAUGACUUCCCACAAUGGCAGAAGCAUCGCAGCCCGUACCGCUUUAUGGAGCGCCUUUUUCAGCUCUCACAGUCACACAUCCUCCAAAACGCGCUACCGGCUAUCUCCUGGGUGACUCUCGUCGCCACCAUGGUUGCCGCUUACGGAACCUCGUACGACCAGCACCUGCUGCCGGACGGCUUUCCCUCCAUCUCUCCCAACGCCUCCUGCAGCGCUUUCGUCUCCAACACCAGCGUCGCGCUUUCCCUGCUGCUGGUCUUCCGUACUAAUUCCAGCUAUGGCCGCUGGGAUGAAGCGCGCAAGAUGUGGGGCGGUCUGCUCAACCGCAGCCGCGACAUCAUGCGCCAGGGCGCUACCUGCUUCCCGGAUGACCAAGUGGAGGCGAAGAAGGCCCUGGCGCGCUGGGUCGUGGCUUUUGCGCGGGCGCUGCGGAUUCAUUUCCAGCCGGAGGUCACGAUUGAGAGCGAGUUGAAGAACAUCUUGACCCCCGCUGAGUUGGAGAUGUUGGCGAAGAGUCAGCACCGGCCUGUGCGUGCCAUUCACGCCAUCAGCCAGAUCAUCCAGUCGGUGCCCAUGAGCUCCAUCCACCAAAUGCAAAUGAGCAACAACCUCACAUUCUUCCACGACGUGCUGGGAGGCUGCGAGCGGCUGCUGCGCGCGCCCAUUCCCGUGUCAUACACUCGCCACACGGCACGCUUCUUGUUCGCCUGGCUGACGCUGCUGCCCUUCGCGCUGUACCCCAGUGCGGGUUGGGGUGUCGUGCCCGUGUGCACGGGCAUUGCGGCUGUGCUGUGCGGCAUUGAGGAGAUCGGCGUGCAGUGCGAAGAGCCCUUUGGUAUUCUGCCUCUUGAUGUCAUUUGCAACCGCAUCCAAGCGGACGUCAUGGCCACGUUGAAGGACGAUGCGGACACGAAGACUGUGUUGGCUGAGGCCGGGCUGGCAGCAACAGGAGCGGCAGUAGCAGCCCCCAGGUGGCUUAUGCGCAGGGCUCCCCGCAGCGGGUGGGAGGAGGGGGCUCGGGAGCUGGUGGUUUGCAGACGCGCGCGAAUUACUUCUUCAAGUAGUGAUUCCGAAUGCGAGGUUGUAGCUAGCCCCUGUGUGCGAUUCCUGAUCGAGCCUUGAAACUGCUUGUUAAACCCCAAUAAAACCUGUACAUGAACGGUCUGACUUACAGACAAAGAGCAAGAGGGCAUGCAGGUGGUCCGGGGAGGGACGUGCGUCAGGGCGCUAGGCGUUUGUGUGUUUGUGGGGUUUGUGAGACGUGCGCAGUUGGACGCCGCUGCUGAUUAGAGCGGGGAGCUCUCAUACAGUGUGUGCUAACCAGUGUGCGUGUGUGUGUGUGAGUGGUGUUGAAGAGGAUUGAAGGUGAGGGUCGGAAGAGUUGGAAGUCUUCAGAUCGCAGAGCGAUGUAGGGUAAUGUCCAUGGGCCGCCUCGGCUUUUAUACGGACCCAUCCGCAGUCGUGCGGCACUGUAACUGUAACUUGGGUGGUUGAGAGAUGGUUGUCAUUGCGAUGAUGUUGGAAAGGGAUAUGUGUAAAUGACAGAGGGCAUAAGUCGAGUAUGGAGUGAUAUAGAGAGAUUGUAUGGUAUUGAAUUGUACACGGCUUUUGGAAUUUUUUUCUGAUCUGAGCUAAAUGCAUGCGAAGGAUGCAAGCAAAUAAAAGAAUACGCGCGUUUCAUGAAGAUAAAUCGUGAAUGUGUAACAGAGAGAACACG